AUGUCUAACUAUCGACCGGGCCACGAACUAGGACACGAUCCCUAUAUAAGCUAUGCGUCGCAUUCCCAUCAUAACACUGAUGAGCGUGUUUAUGUUCCCCAUGCCUCCGAUACUCGACAUGAAAGUCUCAACUCUAUCGAUGAACCCCACCUUGGAGCGCAUUCACACACUCAUCAUCGACACCAAACACCAGCCGUCCAUAACCAACCUCACUCCAUCUAUACAGAACAUGAGAUGGCUCACCCCUCUUCUCAAUUUGGCAGUAGUAACAGUGUUGGUGGUGGUGCUAGUGGUGGCGGGCCGAGGAUGAUAUACGGUCCGCCGCGGCCGAUGCAACUAUCCUUGGGGAUUAAGCGACAGCGGCCUUCCGAUCUAGAGCUAGAGGUUAGUAGCAUGUCUAGCCAACAGAUUCAUCAUGGAGUAAUUCAAAAUACCCAGGCUCAAAUACCCCAGAAACCUACAGUAUUUCAUGGUCAGACAAUACAGGCAUAUCAUACCCAUCCCCUUCCGAAUCAGGGUCAUCAAUCUAAAAUACCUCGUCUGAGUGAAGAUGAAUCUAUAGCUGGACCCAGUGCACCGAGUGUUGUUGGGAUGGAAGGGAUGCCAUCACCCGCUCCAAGACCCCGAGGUCCCAAGUUGAAGUUUACACCAGAAGAUGAUGCACUACUAGUUGAUUUGAAGGAAAUUAAAUCCUUAACGUGGAAACAGAUUGCAGACUUUUUUCCUGGUCGAUCAUCGGGCACAUUACAGGUCCGAUAUUGCACAAAACUUAAGGCAAAAAGCACUCAAUGGACCGAAGAAACGGUCCAAAAACUUCGGACAGCAUUACAUGAUUACGAGCAGGAGAAAUGGCGGAUUGUCGCACAGAAAGUAGGUACUGGAUUCACAUCAGCCGCAUGUAAAGAAAAGGCUGCCGAAUUAUAG